AUGGAGGUGGACCUGCUGGACUUUUUGGUCCCUGUGGAGAACAACAAGACUUUGUUUGUGUGGAACAUCAAGCAGCAAUUCACAGAGGCGCAAGUACACGAACACUUGUACACGCUCUUUUCGGCCUUCGGUCCGCUCUACCUGGUGAAGGUGAAUCCUAAUGCAACACUGAGUCAGCCCGGCUUCAACGCCAUGCUUAAGUUCUACUCAGCAACUCAUGCCCGCAAAGCUCAGCAGAGCACGGAUGGAUGCCCUCUUUUCCAGGACACGCCCCUCAAGGUGAGGCUGAGCACCAAGCAACAGCCUCACUUCUUAUCUGGCAGCCAACCCCUGAGCCAUAUGCGCUGUGUGGAGUUGGCCAAUCACUGCCUGGGGUUCAACGGGUGGACAUGUGACAUCAUCAGCCUGAAGGAGCUUCCCACUGAGGAAGACGAUGAAGAGGAAGCGGGUGUGAGCGGGCGAGUGCGUGUCAGGCUGGGCUGUGUGGUCCAGAUCUCCUUCCCGCGCCAUGGCGUGAUUACCCGAGGAGCCGCCUCAGUGGAAGAUGUCUACAUGAACACUGGUCCUGAAUCACUGCUGCAGAAGCGAAGCUUCUUACACAAGUUGGUUCGAGACAAAGCCGCAGUGCAGGCCUUCUCCACGGUGGUGCUGGUUCUCCUCGGUGAGGGGAAAGUGAUGGUGGAGCUAAGACGUACAUCUGAACAUCUUUUCUCUGAGGAGCCGCAAGAACUCGUGCAGGUCAGCGAGUACCAGGUGAAGGAGCUCAGUGCCGAGGAGGACCUUUGGCAGCAUGAAGAUCUGGACCUGACUGUGUGGUAG